UCUGCAACCCAUCUUAGCUGAAUUCUCUUUCCUCCCCUUUCUACAUGGCUGUUGCCUUGUAUUCCCGUGACUCCAUGGUUGCUGCAAUGCUACUAUUUGGGCUUCUAGUGGCCACCUUCCAUAUAACAGGUGCCAACACUGGAGUUUGCUACGGACUACUGGGGGACAACUUACCACCACCCCAUGAAGUUAUAGAUCUCUACAAAAGAAACAACAUCCAGAAAAUGAGGAUUUACGCUCCGGCCCCAGAAGUCCUCCAGGCCCUCAGAGGCUCCAAUAUUGAGCUCAUGGUUGGUGUGGCGAAUGAAGACCUUCACAGCAUAGCUACCGACAUGGCCAAGGCAUAUUCGUGGGUCGAAAACAACAUCAGAAGCUAUGCCAACGUCAAUUUUCGAUACAUAGCUGUUGGUAAUGAAAUAAAUCCUCCUGCCUGGGAAGCAAAUUAUCUCCUGGGGGCCAUGAAAAACAUUCACCAGGCGAUUACAGAGGCUGGCCUUGGUAACCAAAUCAAAGUCUCAACCCCCUUCAGUGCCAUGGUCCUUGGAGAAUCCUACCCUCCAUCUAAAGGAUCUUUCAGACCCGAAUUUGGAUCAUUUAUCAAUCCAAUCAUCAGCUUCUUAGCGGACACUAGAGCCCCAUUUUUGUUCAACAUGUAUCCUUAUUUUAGCUACAGUGGCAACACCCAGUACAUCAGCCUUGAAUAUGCUCUUUUUACAUCUCCUGGAGUUAUGGAGCAAGAUGGCCAAUUUGGGUACCAAAACAUAUUUGAUGCAAUGCUAGAUGCUGGUUACUCAGCUCUGGAGAAGGCUGGUGGUGCUUCUUUAGAAAUUAUUGUGUCUGAGACUGGUUGGCCUACGGCUGGUGGGACGGCUACAACAAUUGAGAAUGCAAGGACUUAUAUCACAAAUUUGCUUCGACACGUGAAGGGAGGAACUCCCAAGAGGCCUGGAAAACCUAUACAAACUUACAUAUUCGCCAUGUUCAAUGAGAACAACAAAAACCCAGAAUUGGAGAAACAUUGGGGUCUCUUUUAUCCAAAUAAACAGUCUGUAUACCAGAUUGAGUUUUCUCCGAAUUAAUGUAUAGGAAGGGGGUGUAGUGAAGUUUUAUCCCAAAUAAGGGUUCUUGAACUUUAUGUACUCAUUUAUAAGGGCCUUAGAAAGGCUUGUAUAUUCAAUAAGACAAGUAUUGGUGAGGAAUCUGUACUACAUUUUAGCUGAAA